AUGAAGUUCACCGCCGCCGCCCUCCUCCUCGCUGGUGUCUCCUCCGCCGCUCUUUCCGAGUGUAUCUCCAACUGCGCCAAGGAGACCGGUCUCUGCGCCUCGGGCGACUACGCCGAGUGCCUCUGUAACAAGGACUUCCAGAACAACACCCGCCACUGCAUGUACACUGCCUGUGUGGGAGAGGUUGGACAGUGGGUCGGCGUGUACAAGGCCGCUACCUGCCCGGAGACCGAGGGCUCGGCCGCUCCUGCGGGUGCUUCGGGCUCUGAGUCCGCGGCCCCCUCUGGCUCCGCCGCUCCUUCCGGCUCGGCCGCUUCCUCUGGCGCCGACGCCUCAGCAACCCCCUCCACCUCGGCCUCUGAGACCGAGAACUCUGCCGCUGGCCCCGCCGCCGGUUCUGUCUCUGCCAGCGCCGAGCACAGCGGCACGACGGGCGAGAGCCACUCGACGAAGCCGGCCGACGGCGCCGCCUCGUCGGGCAGCCCGACCGCUUCGAGCGGUAACGCUGCCAACUCGGCCGGCAACGCCCCGUCCAGCGCCGGCGCGUCUCGUUCUGGCGGCGCUGCCUCCUCGGUCUCCUCGGCCGUUGCCGCUGGCGCGUCCGCUGCUGCUGGAAACAGUGGUGCUGGCGCCCUCGCUGCCCCCGUUGCUGGUGUGCUUGGUGCCGUCGCCCUUGCCCUCUUCUAA